UGUCCAGCUGCAAUGUGCUAACACAGACAACACACAAUGCCCUGACCAUUGUAUGGUAGUGCAUAGAUAAAGCAGAUCUGGCUGCACAAUGAUGGCAUUCCCUGUCCCCAGUAUUUGCUAGGCUCGCCUCAUUAAUUGCUAAACCGGACUUUGGAAUCGGGUGAUUAAUGAAAGAAAUUCCUAUGGCACAGUCUCGCUUAAGAGCUCCGAUGGACUCGUUAAUUUGUACACUGCAUAGCUUCUGGUGUAAGGGCAUGCUUCUGCUCCAUAAGAGUAUCCGGUGUGACAUGGAAGUUCAAAUGUGCUGCGUGAGCCCCACGCUUAUGAGUCACGGAACCCCCAAGAGAACUACUAAAUGGGGGCCAGGUGCGGAAGAUCUGAUGUCCCUUGCAACGUGCACCUAAUCAACGGAGACGCAAUGAACGAGCGAAGCACUGUGGAGCGAAGUUUCCCCGAGAUACGCAACGAGCGCGAUGGCAGGCGAGUCAGUGAGCGCCACCUUGCAGCGAGCGGCAGCACCACCGUACUCGGAUGGAAUAUGGCGUAUAUCAACAUAGCGGAAUGGACGCCGGAGCACGUCGCCGACUGGUUACGAGGCCUAGACGACAUCAUCAUUCCAUAUGUGCACUUUUUCCUCAACAACGACAUCGAUGGCCACCACCUCCUGACGCUGGGCCCGGAUGACCUGACGAGCCUCAACAUUGCCAAGAUUGGUCACCAGGAGCUCAUUCUCGAGGCAGUGGACCACCUGCGCCAGCUGCACUACCGGCUCAUCACAGAGAACCUCCAGUCGCUGGCCCUGAAGCUGGGCUGCAGGGCACGCAGCCUGUACAACGACAUGAUGCGCAUCACUCCGCCCAACCAGGACAACGUGCCCAAGAUUGCCACCAGCAUCCUGGCCGACGUCUCGGAGGUCCUGAUGGCCGUCAAGUCCUUCGUCUCCUGGCUCGACAGGGCUCCAUUUGAAGGGCAGGAGCGCUACUUCAACAUCCGCAAGACUGUCCUCAAGCUGGGCAUAGAGCUGGCAUCCACGGCACAGAGGGACCACUUUGCAGACAAGCCGUUUGCAGUCAUACAGAACAGCUGCAAGAACUUGGCUGACCUGUGCGACAUGAUCAUCCAAGAGUGCAACGACUCCCUCAUCAUCCAGCCAGCCUCCCUGGACGUUGCCACCGUCAAAAAGAAACCCGAGGAGGAAUGGGGCAUGCAGAUCAACUCGUCCUACUCCGGAAUACACAUUGUUGGCGGAGUGAAGUUUCAGAGCCCGAGCCAUCGGUGCGGCAAGGUCGACGUCGGCGACGAGAUUGUCCAGAUCAACUAUCAGACGGUGGUCGGCUGGCAGCUGAAGCACCUGGUCUACAUGCUUCAGGAGCAUCCCACCGAGGUCCUGCUUACGCUGAAGAAACGGCCCAGGCACACUAACAUUCUGGGCCAGGUCAUUGUGCUCAGGCCCUACAGGAUUCCUUUGAAGAAGGUGACCUACGGCAAGGUGCACAUGUGGCCUGAGAACGGGGUACCGGCCGUCAACAUCGAGGAGGUCUUCCCAAACAAAAUCCAGCAGGAGCCCUCCAGUCCUCGAGUCCUGCGCGAGGUGGAAGACGACGACUCGGCCUUUCUGCCGGACGAGACAGCGGCAGCCCAUGCGGCAGCGGCGGCCGUGGCCGCGAGCGCGUCGGUGGUGCCCUCGAUCCGGGCUCAGGUGUUCCCGCCGCGCUCGCGGGCCGCCAUCCACCGGCGGGCUACGGUGAGCGGCGCCUCGCCCACGGUCACCAAGGCGCCCGUCAGCAUCCAGGACCUGGUGGCCGGGGGCAUCCCCUUCUUCGGGGGCUCCAAGAAGAAGGACGCGGUCUCGCGGUCGGUCUCCCACGACCCCGGCUGCCACACAUCGGGCGGCAAGCUGGCCGUUGUAGAUGGAGGGGCGGCAGACGAGGGCGGGACGCAGGCGGCGGAGGCACAGCGGAGGGUGGAGGUGGUGACACCCAAGGCGAGGACGGCCUCGGACUCGGCCGUGGUGCCGCUUGUCGGGAGGGCCCACCUCCGGGGCGGAGAGGCGCUCUCCCCGCCCCUCGCGGACUGCCGGGGGCCGGCGGCUGCCGAGCAAGCCAAGCCAGCAAACUGCGCAGUCCCAAGUGCGCAGCCCAAGGUUCAGGUUCACGAGGCUCAUCCGGACGCCGGAAGCCGCUCUCCGAGGGAAAGGAGGCUGUUUGGUCCGGCCGCGGGCAAGUUGUCGCCCAUGGUUGCCCUCAAAGUGCCAAAGAUUGAGGAUUUGAAGAAGUACCACAUACACGACCGGUCGAGCAAAACCAAGUCGCAGGAGACACCGAAUGCUCCAGGGUCGAGUUUGUGCGGUAGUGAAGUGCCAUCGAAGCUAGGAUUUUCGUCCAGGGACUCGUCCAAGAAGUCAUUAUGUCAGUCUCAAGCCUUGCACACAAAGUCAAAUUGUUCAGACAAACUAGGCGAGCGACGAGUGCCGUGCCCGGAGCUGGGCGUGGCCGAGUGCGAGGGGUGGCUCCUCCGGCGCAAGGCCCAAAAAACGCCAGUCGUGAGGCUCCAGCAGCCGCAGCAGCAGCCGCAGCCGGCCUGGCACCGGCGCUGGGCUCUGCUGCGGGGCACGGGCCUUUUUCUCUACAGGACCCCGCAGGACCAGAAAGCAGAGUGCCUGCUGUUUGUGCCUGGGUUUGUGGUGUCUCUUGCCCCUGACUGUAAAUCCAAUAACUGUGCCUUCAAGCUCUGCAAUUCUGGAGCCACCUUUUACUUCGCUUCAGAAUCUCAAGUCGACACUUUGAGGUGGCUGACUAAACUUAGCCAAGCAGUCAUGGCAGCCAGGGGAAUCCUCAGUAGGCAAGGGCCUUACUUGUCGGAAACGGACGAAGAAGACGACCUAGAAGCCUUUUUGGACAAGAAAGACUGUCCCGGCGUCCCGACGAUGCAGCCGACCUCAAACUCUGGCUUCGCCAGGGGACCGCCGUCGUCCGACAACCACCGGCAGUCUCCCAAGCCCAUGCCUCGAACCAUUUUCUUACGGUCCACGCACGCGGACAAAUCUGCGACUCUGUCUCCGCGAAGAAUGACAGGAGAGCCGCCGCCGAUUGCGAUCGCAUCCAACGCGUCUCUCCCACGCAACCACACAGUAUCUCCGCCGUUGAACCAGCCGCUCAGUCACGAGUCUUCUCCGUUGCCGCCUUCAGUCAUCUACCAGAAUCCUCCGUACCGUGGCACGGACACUUCUUCCGCCGGACAAACAGACCCCCGUCCAGAUUCGAAGCAGAGGCUUUCUGGUGUCUGGGACGGCGACGCGCUCGGAAACAGACCGCCCCCCGCGCGGAGGGAGCCGCCCAAUCCGCGCUGCAAGCCUCCGACGGGCCACUAUGUCAACGUCGGCUUCAAGCACGGGGAGAAGGAUGCGACGCGGAACGAUGGCCGGUUGGCCGACGGCGGCGGCCGGCCAGCGGCGCCGUCCCGCCCCGUGCAGCGCCGGCCCUCUGCGUCGAAGCUGUCGCGCAGCAAGACGGCAGACUCGGUCGCCGAGGCGACGCCCAAGAAGGAGACUCUUCUGGACCGGGAGUACAACCGGGUCUUCAAAAAGUCCCCGUCGUCGUCGUCGUCUCCGGACCCGACCCAGUCGUCGGACGGCUCCGCUCCGUCCCCGAUCCCCACCAACGCGGCGCCGCAGCCGCAGGCCACCGCGCAGGCGUCCCUCCUCCCGCGCUGCGCGACAAGCCAAGAGAUCAAGGACCUGUACACGAACCGAAGGAACUCGUGGCGUGGCUCGCAGCAGGAGCUCGUCCCGCUCUCGACGGACCUCGGCGACUCCUCCCCGUGCCUGCGGGACGCGUCAGCGCUCGACUACGCACGGGCCGGAGUGCCUGCCGCGCAUCCGGACGUAAUUCCGUCCCAGUACCGCCGCGACGGGGGCACUGGUGCCGCGGAAGAACGGUGCCCGGACCCCUGGGUUCCCCGUGACAAGGGGCCGCCCCGGAGUUCGUCUUGUUGCCAGGGAUUUGAUCGCACUCGCGGGCCGUCUGGCGAGAAGCUCUCGUCGCCGUUUGUGAGGGCGGGCAGCUGUGUGCCAGCGAUGCACUGUCGCGCGGAGCAGCCCUCCCCGCCACCCAAGUCGCCCAGUCGUUUCUUCCACUCCCCCAAGUUCCUCAAGAAGUUUGCGUCGUCCACGCGGGAGGGCAUCUCGAAUAUGCUGCGCUCACCAAGGCUGGAGCGCCGCAAGAUGUCCUCGGAAAGAGACAUGUACGGGUCGCCCAAGCUCAGCCGGUCGGCCGGCGUGCGUCUGCUCAAGUCCGCUGCGGCUGCCGCAUCGUCUGCUUCGGUGGAGGCUGUGGACGAGACGUCGCCGUUGGCAAACAAGAGCGGCAGCAGCAGCAGCCUCAACAGCAGUGCCUCCGCCGGGAGCUUCGUGACGUCGUCGUCGUCGUCGCACUGCUACGCCGAGGUGUUCGUUGCUCCGGGCGCGCGCCCGGACACCCCCGACACCCCUCCCCCUCGCACCCCUUCGCGCCCCACCAUGGGGGUGUCGAUGCUGAGGGGCGGCAAGCGGAGGACCUCUUCGAGCGUGGCCGGGUCCGAGGAGCGCUCCUUUUCUCCGUGCUCGGUGGCCUCGUCGUCUGCCAGCGUCCCCUGGGCCAGGGACGACGGGAGUGUCUUUGGGGACGACGCACCGCCAACGGGCGACGUCUUUCACUUCGGGACGGCCACGGUGGCCGGCGCCUCCGACGGCGGUUCGGAGCACGCUCUUGGCAGUGGAUCGGAGAGGGACUGACACCCAAGAGAUCCUGUUAAAAGGGACAUCAAGUUGGAAUUGGAGAACAACUGUAGUAUUCGUCCCUGUAACGUUGUGCAUUUGAGUGACAUCUAAGCAGAAGGAGGCCUCACUCUUUCGCAAGGAAAAGAGAGUCCGCACGAGCGGAAACUUUGCCGGGCAUUGCAGGGUUUUAUGUAGUCUGUCGGAAGUGCAAGUUGUGAGUCUUUAAGGAAGAGCCUGCCUCUCCACGCUGUUGCGAACGAGCGACGUCGCUCCGAGGGACAUUGUUGUCUUUGAGCCACGUGAUUUCCGCCUGAAAACUCUCGGAACGUUCUGUGAACAGUGCUCGUGGAGAUUUCACGACCUUUUACCAUUUUUACGUCCACCCACGCGAGCUAUACCCGGUUGCGUAUUCCUUCCAAACUGUUUCCGAUACUAGUUUAGCUCGCGAGCCACGACAUAUUUCUAGGCUUACCGCGAACGUGGCGGUCAAUGGAGGAUUUGCCGCUGCAGAGCUUUAGAACGUUGACUGGGUGCCGGCUCUGUGCGGAGAGCAAGUCGUCCGCUUCUUGCCCAGGAGUUGCGGCGACGUCGGGACGACACCGAGCUCUGGUUGGCUUUGAUUGAAAGGAUAGUGAGGUCUACCCACUAUUUUUUUCAAUCGCCGAAUAGGAGCUGGGCGUUCUGACAUCAUCGCAACCUGUGCAAGAAGCAGACAAACUUGCGCUCCGCGUACGUUUUUCCCUUUAGUUUCGUGUUAAGCUCGGAGCUUGCUCUUUCGAGGUGUUCCAUACCACUGUCUGUUUCGGUUUGCGGCAGUGUAGCCGGUGUGUCUGCCCAGGGUGUCUCACGUCACCACGGUGCCUGGAGUGCGUCUCCGACUGUUGCGUUUACCCCGUCCUCAAAAGCGGUCCCCCGGUGUCCACCGGCCGACAUAAAAAAAUUGCUGCGUCAUUGCCUGCUGCAAUUUUGGCAGUAGUGCCGUAGCUGAGGCGGAAGCGACGGACGGCAGCUCCUAUGUGGGUUACUCUCUGGCUCGUCGACAGUCUGCGAGAGCUUCGGUGGCCUGGAGCUGGUACGCCGCUAGGACGGGGACCCUUGCCUCUGCUUCGUUUUUUCGUCGGCAUUUCUACGACCGCCCGCCCGGAUCCUGACAUCAGACGGCACAAAACACCGGCUCCUGUAACACGACUUGUCGCCACUUCGGGACUGCUGUCGACGCGCGGGCAGAGGCAGGCUAAACGCACCAGUUCGAGCCAAUAAUUGCGAGCUCGCCGUCUACUUUUGAUCGCACUCUCGAAUAGAGCCGUCCCUAUCCGUUUCGCGCACAGUGGUAUUCUUUGUUUUUCGUCAUCUAUCACUUUAUACAUUUGACUCCAUUUUACCGUCGAUGUAUUCACCGCAUUCUGCGCGACAUAACGUUUGGGAGAGUGGCAUAUCAUGUGAUGACGCCGUUGUUUAACUCAGGGUCCAACCCAUAUUGAACAUCUAAUCAAACGAGGGUCUCUCGACUUGUUUUGCAAAUGCCUUUGACGUUUGCUGCUUGUACAGGUGUCCCAGUGUGCGAAUGCCUUUUCUGUACAAGGGCCUCUUGUAGUGCGCUGGCUAUUUCAAAAGCUGUGAUGUUUGCGGAGCUCUUUUUUUUUAAAGACUGUUGUUAGUUAACGGGGCAUAACAAUGGGGCUGGUGGCCAGGGGGGAGUUCGUCGGGUCUUUUUACGACAAACCAGCAAAGUGUCCGAUGGAAGGUAGCGUUGGUCUUUUGAUUGCGCUAUUGUGUACAAAUGUAUAUUGCUUCUUGUACAAAUGAUUGUAUACGCGAGUGCAUAUAUUAAAUAUUUUAUCCAGUGUUACGAUUCUA